AUGACUGCAGCCCCCAGUGAGAGGGAAUUUCACUGCGAAGUGCAAGAUGACAUACCAAACCUUUUCAUCGUGAAGGUGUUUGUGGAAGAACUUCUCGUCCUGGUCUUGGGCGACAAGUUCGACAUGGUGUUGGGCAUGCCGUGGCUUGCACGGCAUGAUCCUAUUAUCGACUGGGAGAAGCGUACGGUCGUACGCUUCGGACGCCGCGGCGCAACAGAGAGCGAUGGCCCUGUUAGCGCAGCGGAUACACCUAACGGUGCAUCUGAUCCUCCUUCAGAGACAGUGGCUCGCGCCGCUGUCUCCGGUCGUACCGCGUGGAGCGCGCGGGCUAUAACGUCAAGGGGUCGUUAA